CGAUCCUUUUACAAUUACCACCCACACAAAGAAGAGAGGCAGCCUGCAGACUCUCGGUCCCUCUGCAGAGCACCGCCCUCAUGGCAGUCGGGGAUUCAACCCAUGAUCCGACUCGUAUGGAGAUGUCCUCGGCUCCUGCGCCGAUCAUCCUUCAAGUGGAGAAGUCCACUUCAAUCCAUUCCACCGUCUUGAGGAGGUGAAAGUCCUUCGCAAGCACCGACAUAUUCCUUCUGUUUACAAUUGACGAGCCCAUUACGUCCUCAGAAGAUCUGUCCUCUAGCCCUCCAGCACCACAUCAAGUCCCAAAGAUGGAUGCCCAUAAUGCUGUUAUCCUCGAAUCCAGCAAGUUUCACCCAACCGCCAUUUCAGAAGAGACAAAAGCGUUCAACCAGAAACUGAUGGAUAUUAUGGCACAUGGGCCCAAAUGGUACGAGGUCGGUGCCAAACGCUACCGCGAAAUGCGCGCCGCUGGGGAGACACCUCUUCCUAAAGCGGUCUAUCUCGACACCGCGGAGGACUUCACCAUCCCGAGCCGGGACGCUGGCCGUACCAUUCCCUGUCGGAUCCUCCGCCCUCAGAACGGGAAACCUGUUAAAUCGGUAUUCCUCCACAUCCACGGCGGCGGCUGGGUUCUGCAGGACGAAAAGUCGCAAGAUCCCGCAUUACAGGAGAUUGCGGACACUACGGGCGUCUUAUGUAUAUCGGUCGGCUACCGUCUCGCGCCCGAGGAUCCAUAUCCCGCUGGACCCCACGACUGCUUCGAUGUCGCGGAAUGGUUGAUUGACAACGCCGAGUCCCAGUUUGGAGUCCCGUUAGGUUUCGUGGGCGGAGAGUCCGCCGGUGGACAUCUUAGCAUGCUCGUCACUCUUCACCUUCUACAACAUCACCACCCAAAGUACUCGGAUUUUCGCUUCAAAGGGCUCCUGUUGCACUUCGGCUGUUACUCGAUGGUAUGGACCCCACAAGUGUACAAUUUUCAACGACCGCAGAUAUUGGUCCUGGAUCAGGACCUGAUGGACCACUACAUCGACGUCUUUCUCCCCGGCAUGACCCACGAGGAGAAGAGACAUCCGUCAGUAUCCCCGCUAUACGCCAAUCUGGAGCCGCUGAGGGAGAAGUUGCCGCCUGCCCUCUUCACGUGCGGGACGGAGGACUGCCUUCUGGACGACACAAUGUUCAUGAGUAUGAAGUGGUUGAUGGCCGGUGCGGAGUCGGUGGUUAAGAUCGUGCCAGGCGCGCCUCAUGGAUACAUCAUGUUCCCAAAGGGCGUGACAGGGAGUGGUGCCGAGGAGGGGAUGAAGGCGGUUGAAGAUUUCGUACUGUCGAAGGUGGGUUAGACGAGGAGACCCUUUCAAAUAGAGUCUCAAGCCGGGGAGGGGAAGAUUCAAGGUUUUCCACAGAAUUUAAGAGUCUUGAUUUCAA